AUGGAGACGGGCGUGAUCUUCUAUGAGUUCGAGGACCCUUACGUCUACGAGGAUCCGGUACAUCACAGUUACUUCAUCAUGGGAUUGGAGCCUCCUCAACCUUUGAAUGAGGUGGAACCUGAGCCUAUCAUUCCUGAUGAGCCCGAGUUAGCUGGUGACUACGUACCUGUGAUACCACCAGAGUGGGACUUUCCCCCUGAGCCGAUCCCUGACUUUCCACAGCCUGAUGAGCUGGCACUACCGGACGAUAGGGUAGCUCCUAUAUACGCGAACGGACCUGUGCUCGUGAAUGGUUUUGUACAUAGUGACAGCAGUGUUUCUGGUGGAUCUGAGGGUAUAGUUGUAGCUGCGGAUGAUGAUGAUGAGGAGGAUCCUGAGAUAGAGAUAGAGCAUGAUGAGGAGAUGGACGAGCCUCACGGCAAUUCUCUGAACGGCCACGAGUAG